AUGUGGACAGGCUUGAUUGGUAAUCAAAUUAUUGGUCCGGUACAACUUCCAAACCCACUAAACGCUGUAAAUUACCUUGAGUUCCUGCAGGAUAUACUUCCAGGAUUGCUUGAUGGUGUGCCAGAAGAAUUGCAAGAAAAUCUUAUUUUCAUGCAUGACGGUGCACCAGCACAUACUGCUGUGAAUGUUAGGAAUUAUCUUGAUCAGGUAUAUGGCGGCCAUUGGAUAGGCAAUAAUGGUCCAGUACGCUGGCCAGCAAGAUCUCCUGAUUUAAACCCAUUGGACUACUUUUACUGGGGGACAUCCAAAGAAGCAGUUUACCACAAUGGCGGCCCCAAUGAUCCAAAUGAAAUGAUACGAAGAAUUCAACAUCACGCCCAGCAUCUAGAACCCGAAAAAAUACAUGCAGCUACACAUCAGAUACGACGUAGAGCUAUUUUGUGUAUUCAGCAACAGGGGGGGCACUUCGAACAAUGCUUGGAUGGUGAUGAUGGUGGUAAUGAUGGUGAUGAUGAUGAUAUGAACAACGAUGGUGAAAAUGAUGGCAGCGAAGACGGUGAGGCUGAUGAUAGUAUGGAUGAAGAUGAUGACGACGUUGGAAACGAUCCGGAUUGGGAGAUAUGA